CACAUUUACAGCAACACACACUUUGAAUAAAAACAAUAAAAGAAUUAUUUUUUCAAAGAAAUUUAAUUUUCUUAUAAAUCCACCAGAAUCACGUCAUUUAAACUAGUUAACUUAAUUAAAUAACACAAAAUGAAGGUUAGGAAUCUGGCAAUUAUGGGAUAUCGUUCAGUCGGUAAAUCGUCGUUGAGUAUUCAGUUUACGGAAGGUCAGUUUGUUGACUCUUAUGACCCAACGAUUGAAAGGACUUUCGCCAAGAGCAUCAGAAUGAAUAAUACGGAUUAUGAAAUUAAGCUUGUUGAUACAGCCGGUCAAGAUGAAUACAGUAUUUUCCCUGCUCAAUAUUCUAUGGAUUAUCACGGAUAUGUCUUGGUCUACUCUAUUACCAGUCAGAAAUCAUUUGAAGUUAUCAAAAUUAUCUAUGACAAAUUAGUUGAUGUUAUGGGAAAGCCUUAUGUUCCAGUCGUGUUAGUCGGAAACAAAACGGAUUUACAUCAAGAACGAGCGGUAACAUUUGAGGAAGGCAAACGAUUGGCAGAGAAUUGGAAGGCAAUUUUCUUGGAAACAUCAGCGAAACAAAAUGAAUCUGUCGAUGAAAUCUUCCUGAAAAUCUUAGAGCUUGUCGAGCGAGACAGUAACGGAAAUAAUCCACCACAGAAAUCAAACUGUAUCAUAUCUUAAUCAAAAAUUAUGGAAUUGAAAGCUUUUUGAUAAAGAAUAAUCAUCAUUUUAUGACGAAAUUAAGAAUUGAACUACCACACAAAAAGUAAUUUGGAAAUGAGAAAAAAAAAAAUUUAAAUAUUUUAUAAGCUAGCGACAAAUGGAUGAGAGAACUAGAUUUUAAGUUUAUAACAGUGUCAAAAAAAAAACCAAUUUUACAACAUAGCUAAUAACAAUGUAACAAUAUCGUAUGAUUGAGCUUCUUCUGAUGAAUUUAUGUGUGCUGGAAAAUGUCAAAUGCUAGCUAAGAGAAACAUCUUUUUUUUUUAUUAAAUUAGUUUAACUGUAAUAGGGGCGCAUAUAACAACAACAACCACACUAUGAGAAUAUGAAAAUCUUAUUUUUGCACAUAAUUUUUAAAUGGUAAGAAUUUUUUUUGUAAUUACACCCAAUUUCCUACCUUGUUUAUUGUUCAAUACUUUGCUUAAUUUCUUUAUAAAACUUAAAAUUAAUUAAAAGCUAAUAGGUUUGCUUUCUGGAUUCAUCCCAAUUGAAUUAACAUUUUUU